AUGAACGGCCCAGGCGACCUCGUCCCCCUGCCCAACGCGGCGCGGCUGAGCCCGCACGUCACCCGCAUCCUGGGGCAGAACCCGUCCCUCAUGACGCUGCAGGGGACCAACAGCUACCUCCUCCAGCCGCCCAGCAGCCCCACGGCGCCGGCAAUCCUGGUCGACACGACGAGCGAGGAGACGUCGGCCGCGUGGCUCGACCUGCUCGUCGAGCGGCUCACGACCGACACGGGCGGGCUCGCGCCGCUCGCGCACGUAGUGCUCACCCACCGCCACCCGGACCACGUUGGCGGGCUGCCCAUCCUCCUCCGUAAGCUCAAGGAGCUCGGCGCGCCGCCCCCGCAGGUAUGGAAGCUGCCCUCGCCCGACGAGGCCGAGCUGCAGGCCGGGCGGGAGAAGGCGUGGUCCGACCAGGCGAUCGGCGACACGCUCCGCGCGCUAGAGGGCACGUUUGUGCCGUUCUCGCCGUCCGAGCCGCUGUGGCCCCUCAAGGCGGACGGCGUCGUCGUGGCCGUCGACCCGAGCUCGGGCGAGUCGGGCGCCGCAGAGGCCCGCGCGCUGGCCGACGGCGGGAGCCUGCCGGACGUGCCGGAGGCGUCCCGCGUCUCCGUCCGCGUCGUCCACACCCCCGGACACACGGCCGACUCGGUGUCCCUCGUGCUCGGCGAGGGCGAGAGGGGCGUGUUUACCGGCGACACGGUGCUCGGGCAGGGCACGACCAUCUUCGCGGAUUUCGGCGCGUACAUGGCAUCGCUCAAGACCCUCCUCGCGCUCAACGCGCCCGUUCUGUACCCCGCCCACGGGCCCGCCAUCGAGGGCAAAGAGGCCGCGCACGCCCACAUCGCAGAGUACAUCAAGCACCGGCAGGACCGCGAGGACAUAAUCGUCGGCGUCAUCAAGGGGAUCGCCGACGAGCCGGGCAGCCUGGGCACCAAGCUCGAGGCGCUGCGGCAGGCCAAGGCGGCCACCGUGUCGGCAGCGGGCCUCCCACCGCCGGUCGUCGCGGACGCUACCGCUGCUGCUGCCGCGGCCGACCUCACGCCGGCGUUUCCCGCCGCUGGAGCCCCGGGGGACAAGGCCGCGUCCGUGUCCCAUCUCUGCCACCUCGUCUACCAGUCUGGCCACCCGGGCCUCCUCAUGGCCGCGUCCCGCACCAUGGGCUCGCAUCUCGCCAAGCUCGAGAGCGAGGGCAAGGUCCGAAAGGUGACGGCGCCGCUACCGGUCAUCAGCGGCUGGACUGCCGAGCCCGCAAAGGACGGCGAGGCGUGGGAGUGGAUCGGGGGUUCGUCGAGGUUGUAGAGAGCUGUAUUAGGAAGUGUACUUGACCGAUGCAAGCGUAGAGACU